UGGGUUCCGGUUCCGGCGGGCGCCCCGGAGGCUGAGGGGAUGGCGGCGCUCGCGAGGGUCUCCCGGCUGCUGCUCGCCGCCGCCCCGCGCUCCCCGCCGGGGCGCCGCAUGUCGGCCGCGGCCCACGAGCCCGGCGGAGCCCGCCUGUGGAAGCUCCUGACCUUUGUGGUUGCUCUUCCCGGAGUUGGUGUCUGCAUGCUGAACUGCUACUUAAAAGCACAGCAUGAGCAUGAAAGACCCGAGUUUAUUCCUUAUGCUCACCUCCGGAUCAGGACCAAGCCUUUUCCCUGGGGUGAUGGGAACAAAACUCUAUUCCACAAUCCCCAUGUUAAUGCUCUCCCAACUGGUUAUGAAGACGAAAACUAAGUUCUUGACCACAGCCAAAACUUUGGCUCUUCCUGCAUUUGGACCAGAAUGUUCUAUGGGAACCAUCAUUUAAGAAACUCUGCAUUCCUUCUACUAUCAAGUUGAAUGGUGUUGUGACCUCUGUUAUGUACUUGUUUAGAGGUCCUUCAAAUAAAAACUCUUAACUUGA